AUAUAACAUCUGAGACCUCUCUAUUUUCAGCGUUCAUGGUGGCCAUCGGGUUAUUAGUCUACCUCAUAGCUCUAGACGUGUACAUACAUAUAUUAGCAAUCAUUGCUUUAUAUGUGAUUUAUAAAUUUAUUUCUAAACGGUACGUAAAGAAGCUAGAUAUCACAGAGAAAGGACUGUUCAUCACCGGAUGUGAUACAGGAAUUGGUCAUGCGGCGGCGUUAAGAUUGCGGAAAGCCGGUUUUUUAGUGUUUGCCGGAUGUUUGAAGCCCGAUAGUGAUGGAGCAAAAGUCCUCAAAGAGAAAGGUGGGGGAAGAAUUCGGGUCAUACCAUUAGAUGUAACAAACGAUGAAAGCAUUAAACAAGCGUUAGAAACAACACGACAGGGAUUACCAGAAUCAGGUCUAUGGGGAGUUAUCAAUAAUGCUGGAAUAGAGCUUGCAGCAGAAAUAGAAUUUGCAAGCAUUGAUAUGAUGAAACGUGUAGCAGACGUCAAUUUCUAUGGCAUGGUGCGUGUUACUAAAGCGUUUCUACCUCUGAUCAGGAAAGCAAGAGGUAGGGUGGUCAAUGUAACAAGUGUAAAAGGAAGACUUCCAUGGCCUGCAGACACGGCCUAUGUGUCAUCUAAGUAUGCCGCUGAAGCCUUCUCAGACAUUCUGCGAAGAGAAAUGUACAGGUUUGGAGUAAAAGUCGUAAUUAUAGAACCUGGUCGAUUCAGCAAUAUUACAGGAAUUCUUCAAGGUGACAGACUCAAUGUAGCAGUCGAUGAACUUAAUCAAAGUUGGGAACGGGCAUCAGAAGAGGUUAAAGAGGCAUAUGGUAGACGAUGUAUUGAUGAUCUUAUUACAGCUCUUCGAGAGGAUGGAAAAUUUGGACCAACAAGUUUAGACCCUGUGACAGAUGCUAUGCUCGAUGCAUUGGUCAAUGUAAAUCCAAAAUGCCGGUAUCUUGUACAUGGUACUCAUCAACCCAUCGACAAAUUUUGCGUAUUGGCAUUACUGAAUCAGUAUCUUCCAGAACCGUUGUUUGAUCAUUUUAGCCGUUGGAUUUUGCCUUUACCACCAGUCAACCAGCAAGUCUUAAAACCUGGUAGUUAAGCAACACGCCUAAAGAUUCAUGCUUGUUU